UGUCCUGCCUCAUCCGGGUUCCUGGGACUCGGAAGUUGACCCCGUAACCAGGCAACCUCUGAUCCACCUUUUUGGACGCAGACUGCAGGGGCCAGGCGCUCCGCCCCUCCGUUGCCAUAACACCAGUACACAACCCUUGCCCCUUACCCCUCUUCCAAAGCAACGCUUCCGGUUUGAACCGAGACCUUCCCCACAACUGCUUCCAGAGAAAGAUGUCAGACGAAGAUCUGGACAACUUGGAGCCAGAGCAGGAUGAUCUGGAAAAAGAAGAUGAUAAGGACACAGAGGAGUGGGAAGACUACAGGAAAGAGGGGGAAGACUUGACUGAAGAAUGGCUGCCCACGCCCCUGACGGAGGAGAUGGUGAAGGAAGGGCUGUCUAUGCUCUGUAAGACAGGCAAUGGGCUGGCGCAUGCUUAUGUGAAGCUGGAUCUUAAAGACAGAGACCUGACAGACAUCUCCUUGCUAUGCUCCUACAUCCAUCUGCGCUAUGUGGAUAUCUCUGAGAACCACCUGACAGACCUGGCACCGCUCAAUAACCUCACCCACCUGCUGUGGCUCAAGGCCGAUGGCAACCAGCUUCGGAGUGCCCAGCUGAACGAGCUGCCCUACCUGCAGAUCGCCAGCUUUGCCUACAACCAGAUCACCGACACUGAAGGCAUCUGUCAUCCUCGGCUAGUGAGCCUGGAUCUCAAAGGGAACCACAUCCAGGUGGUGACCAGCCUAGACCCUGAGAAGCUGCAGAGCCUGCACACCCUGGAGCUCCGGGGGAACCAGCUGUACACCACCGCAGGGAUCAACCUCCCGAAGCUGAAGAAGCUCUUUCUGGCCCAGAACAUGCUGAAGAACGUGGAAGGCUUGGAGAACCUAAGCGACCUCACCACCUUACAUCUUCGAGACAACCACAUCGAAUCUCUGAGCGGCUUUUCCAAGGAAAUGCAGUCGCUGCAGUACCUCAACUUGAGGGGCAACGCAAUAACCAGCCUGGGGGAGCUGGCCAAGCUUCGGGACCUGCCUAAACUGCGAGCUCUGGUGCUGCUGGAGAACCCGUGCACAGACGAGACCGACUACCACCAGGAGGCCCUGGUGCAGAUGCCGCACCUGGAGCGCCUGGACAAGGACUUCUACGAGGAGGAAGAGAGGGCUGAGGCUGACGAGAAACGUCAGAGGAUGAAGGAGGACCAGGAGCAGGAGCGAGCCUGAGCAUGGCCUGGAGGGAGACCUGCCCUCUGUCUAGCAGCAGUGCUGGUCCCCAAGCACAGUAAGGGAGCUGGCAGGAGGUAGCGAGCAAAGGCCUAGGGCUGGGCAGGUGGGAAACAGAAGCUGCAGAAGGAGGAGAUGGGCGGGUCAGGGCCAAGGCAAAAAGCCUAGGAGAUAUCAGAAUCGGGGUGAGGGGACCUGAACCCAGGAGGGCAUAGGGGAGACAACAGGAGGCCAGAGCCUGAGCGAAAAUCCUAGGAAGGGCAGGUCUGGGGCGUAGAUGAAGGGAAGCCAGCCGGAGCUGGCUAGUGGUACAUGAAGAAAGAAGUGGGCCUGGAAGAGAAGGAGGAGAGGAAGACCCUGGGCUGAAAUCUGGGAGGAGAAAGGAGCCGGGCAGGUGAGGCAGCUGGACACACAGGGCAGAGGCUUUCCUUCUGCUCUUCCCCAGAGAAGGAAAGCAGCGACGGCGGCCCUGUACCAAGGAGCUGAUGAAACUGCUGGUGGGGGUGGGGACCCGCAUUCACACUCAUCGUGAGGCCCAAACGGGGCAACAGGGAGACCGAGGCUCCCCCUCUGCCCCAGAGCUGAUGAUGCCCGGGCUCAGCGAUGGGUGUAUGCCUGGAGCCUGCCGGGCCCUUCGGGGCGACAGCUGGGGUUUCGAAUAAAGAGACAUCCGGGUACUCGGGGCCUAACCUGCUUUGUGAGACACUGCGUCGGCUUACGCUGCGGGGCCG